AUGAUCUAUAAAUCGGAAGACAAAACCGUCAACCAGCAGCUUCUUUCAUUGUAUUAUUAGGAUUCAGUGAGUGGUCGCCAAGAAAAAAUGGAAAAAAGUUUAGUAUUUUUGUUCGUUGUGUACGUUUGUUGUCUAGAAUAUGUUCAGUUAGCAUACGUACCAAAAUCAAAACACGAAUUGAUGCGAAUCGCCAAAGAUUGCAUCGACCAAACGCAAGUCGAUCCUGCAGAUAUCCACGCAGUUAUAGAAAAUGAGCAAGUACCCACAACAAAUACUGACAAGUACAAGGCAUUUUUGGCGUGCAGCUACAAAAAACAGGGAUAUUUAUCGGAAGACGGUACCGCGAUGUUGUACGAUAACUUGUUUUCGUUUUUGGAGUUGUUUUAUAACGCUGAAAAUUUGAAAUAUGUGGAACAUUGCAAGUCGAUACGAGCGAACGAUCCUGGAGAGUUGUGUUUUAAGAAUUUGGAUUGUAUUUUGACUGGUUUGAAACAAUAUGAACGUGAUAAUGGAAUUAUUGAUUAAAUAAAAAAAAUUAUAGGUGAAUAUUAUAUAUAAAUUUGUAUAAUAGAUAUAUAGAUAUGUAGGUAUUUAUAAUUAUGCUUAGGUAUGUUGAAAAAGAAUAAAAAAAUCAAUAAUAGGUAAGUAUCUACUGCGAUACUGAUCAUUUCUACAAUGUGUUGUGUUGUGUGUUAUAUUUAUAAGAGAACGCUUUUCUUUCUAAGAUCUGAAGCACUUCUAAUCUUUUAUGUGUGAUUUUUGCCAAAGCUUUUCGAAAAGCAAAUUUGAUAAUCCAUCUAGUUUAACACGUAUUCGCAACUGUUACGGCCGUUCUAUUCUUGAUUGGAAAAACUUCU